AUGUUCUGGAAACCUUCUGUCCUUUUGGCUCUCUCAGGGGCUCUUUCCAUUGCUGCUGCCCCCAGUGGCUCCUCGAAAGAGCCAUGUGCUUUGGUGACUAAAGAGAUUAAGCAAGCUGCAGAGGCAAAUCUGACCGUUCCUGUUGUCCCUGCCCGGUUGGCACAUGAAUGCCUUGAGUCUCUGCCAUUUGACUCUGAUCGAGCUGCUGGCUUCACCAGAGAGGUGAAGAAGUACAUGCAAUGGCACUCGACUGUGGAUAACCUCAAGAAUCCACCUUUAGGGUACUUGUCUCCUCCCGUCGAUAUAAUGGCUGGUCUAGACUACAUACACGGCAAGGCCGUCAAGAAGGAGUACAAGAGCCAGUACGAGUUCGACAAUGACAUUCAAAAGCUUUUAAGUUCCGCCAAUGACGGUCACCUGGCUAUCCAACUCUGCUCUCAUAAUAUCUUCAAAUUCAAGAAUGACUUCCCUCUUGCUUCGGCUUCAUCAGAUGGACUGCAGUUGCCUGAGAUCUACGCUUUCAAUGAUCUCAAGCUCUUGGAAGAAGCUUCCGACCGUGUCUCCUCCAUCGUAUCCAUUAACGGCAUGAAGGCGGCCUCGUACCUCGAAACUCUUGCAGCUCACCAGACUUAUCAAGACCCUGAUGCACGGUACAAUUAUGUGUUUGACUCGCUGGCUCGGUAUCCUACCCUGGGGGCUACUUUUGGAGCUUUCUCCUUUGAUUCGGGUCUAUGGCAGGGCCACGCAGAACAUAUCGUAAAAUUUGCGAAUGGAACGAGGCACAAGGUUGAAGUAGUUGCAGUCCCUACUGCUAAAUUUGAUUUUGGCUACAGCAAUAGUCGGGCUAUGUUCAAGGACUACUGUCUGCCAGGACCUCAAUCAAGCAACGAGGGGCAGAGUGGUAAUGAAGAAGAGACUCCUAAAAAACAACCCGCGUCACCAAUGUACCCGAAGCCCAUCGUCCGAGAUGAAUACAACUUGCUCUCUGGCUAUUUCCUGGAGGACUCUGAAUGGAUCGAUGUCGCCGUACUGUUCAGCCCAUCAUUCGACGCGGAGGCCGAUGGCGAAGCACUGGCAUUUGCUAAGCAUGCCACCAAAUUCAUUGAGAAAGCUGUUGACGCGGGCAAGAAGAAGUUAAUCAUUGACCUUUCGUUCAAUGGAGGAGGUGUUAUCUCCACUGGAUACGAUCUGUUCAAGCUCUUCUUCCCAGAGAAGGACGUCUGGACCGCGGCUCGAUUCCGCGCCCAUGAGUCAAUCGACCUUGUUGGAAAGGCCCUGCGUGAGCAGGAGCCCGACGAUAUCGCCUUCCAGAAAACCAGCUACUUCGGCCUGCCCAGUUUCGUUACUCCAAACCAAACCUAUGAGUACCGGACCUGGAAGGAAUUCUAUGGCCCUCAUGGACUGGUGGAGUCUAACGUGACCAGCAUCUUUGCCAACUUUAACCUCACCCAGCUGUCUACUUGGGACCAGCCUGUUCGCGGCUACGGUGUUGUCAAGCAGAACAUGACCAAGUCACCUUUUUCUCCUGAGGACAUUCUUAUCGUAGAUGGACUAUGCACAUCCACCUGCACUAUCUUCACUGAGCUAAUGAAGAACCUAGGUGGCGUCAAGACCCUCUCCUUCGGUGGCCGACCCCAGUACGGCCCUAUGCAGGACCUGGGGGGCUCCAAGGGCUGCCAGGUUGCCCCAACCGCCAUCAUCGAUUCAUACCGCGAUGCAGCCAACCGCGUGGCUGACAAGUCCGAGAAGGCAGGCAAGCCAGUGCUCACUCCCCUGGAGAGGGCCAAAUUAAACGCGACCAUGCCUGGAGAACUGCCUCUGCAGCUCGGUGGUAUAUUCCAAGUCAACUUGAAGAACGCCUACCGUCCCGGAGACGACGAGUUGCCUCUGCAGUUCACCUACGAGGCGGCUGACUGCCGUCUGUUCUACACCGCAGAGAACCUUCUCAAGCCAGCUACUACCUGGACGGCGGCAGCUAACGCCUUCUGGGGCAAUGUUAUGGAAACACAAACAGCGCCGCAACAGUCCACGAGCAUUACAGCGGAAGGCAGUGGGCCUUCUCUAGGUGAAGGACAUGCAACCGUAAGGGAGCAUGGCUUAAGAGGCGGGGUGCGUGUACUGGACAAUGGACGACUUGAUAUCAAAUUUGGCGAGGAGAGACGCUGGAUUACACAAUUAAUGAAGCAGAUGGAGCCGAGUUCAAAGCCCGGCGUUGAGACGAAGAAACCAUCGAUACCAAGUCCCACAGAAGAAGAAAAAUGGGUCAAAUUUCCUAUUCGGUUGAACAUCGUAGUGCAGGUCGUAGGAUCGCGAGGUGAUAUUCAGCCAUUUAUCGCACUGGGUAAGGAGCUUCAGAAGCACGGCCAUCGGGUGCGACUAGCCACACACUUGGAGUUCCGCGACCCUAUCAAUGAAGCAGGCCUAGAGUUCUUCAACAUUGGAGGCGACCCCGAGCAGUUGAUGGCGUUCAUGGUCCAGAAUCCGGGAUUGAUUCCGGGAAUGCGCACAAUACGCAGUGGUGGGAUUGGAAAACGCCGACGAGAAAUGAAAACCAUUUUUUCGGGAUGCUGGCGGUCCUGUUACGAAACUGGGGAUGGGACACAGUUGCAUGAAAACCCCGAGAGUCCGGGAACGGCGGCUGUAGACAAAUGCAUGCAGCCGUUCGUGGCUGACGUUAUUAUUGCCAAUCCGCCGACGUUCGUUCAUCUCAGUUGCGCCGAAAGAUUGGGCAUUCCCUUGAAUAUGAUGUUUACGAUGCCCUGGUCUCCGACUCAAGCCUUUCCUCAUCCCCUGGCAACUAUCCGCUCUCAGAGCACGAAACCAUCUGCCGCGAACUUCGCAUCCUAUGGAGUUGUCGAGGUUAUGAUGUGGGAAGGGCUUGGAGACCUGAUUAAUCACUUUCGCAAGAAGCAACUUGGGUUGGAUCCGUUGGAUGCCAUCCGGGCGCCCAGCAUCAAUCACCGGUUACAAGUUCCAUACACCUAUUUGUGGUCGCCCUCUCUCCUCCCUAAACCGCAAGAUUGGCCAGAUCACCUUGAUGUAUGCGGGUUUCAGGUGCUACCAGCUGAAUCAGACUACAGUCCCCCUGAAGAUCUGGAUGCCUUUCUAAAGGCUGGCAAACCUCCGGUCUAUAUUGGUUUUGGGUCUAUUGUAGUGGAGGACCCGGGCAAACUAACAAAAAUUCUCAUUGAUGCUGUUACCCAGACCGGGCAGAGAGCACUAAUCUCUAAAGGAUGGAGUAACCUUGGAUCAGAAGAAGAGAAGAUACCUGAUAGUAUCUUCCUCUUGGGCAAGUGUCCCCACGAUUGGCUCUUCAAGCAUGUCUCAUGUGUUGUACACCAUGGAGGCGCUGGAACCACUGCUGCUGGGCUGCUCUUAGGCCGGCCUACAGUGAUUGUUCCGUUCUUUGGUGAUCAGCCAUUCUGGGGCUUUAUUGUGGAAAAGGCUGGUGCUGGACCACCGCCGGUACCAUUUAAACAACUCACAGCCGAGAAACUAGCAGAUGCUAUUAAGAUAGCUCUAGAGCCGUCAACCCGGGAAUGUGCUGAGGAAAUUGGGGCCAAAAUGAAGUUGGAAAAGGGGUCGGUGAAUGCUGUACAUAGCUUCCAUCAGCAUCUGGACGUCGAUAAAAUACAGUGCUCUGUGUGCCCCGACAGACCUGCUGUUUGGUGGCUUAAGCGCUCGCAUGUCAAGUUGAGCGCGCUUGCAUUUUCAAUUUUAAUGAAUACAGGACAUAUUCAGCCGGGUGAUGUGGAAUUAUUCCGAGCCCGAGAAUACGACACCAACCGUGAUCCCAAAGGCCCUCUUACGGCGGCUGCAGGAGUACUUUACGGAGUAACAACAGACUUAUUCACUGGUAUCGCGAGAAUUCCAGGGCACAUCGCCGAUAUGUUCCCUGGGUCUGAGCCCAACUCAACGCUUAGCGAGUAUCGAAUGAGAGAAUGGGCAAUCGAGCACUUUGCAGAGGUCAUGUCAAAUCAGCAACAGGAGAAUGGCCAUCAACCUGUCUCUGAGACUGGAGCUUAUCUUCAAAAUGGCGACAACAGGGCCGUACAGGAACAUCGCGAGGCUAGUCAAUCGACCCCCCAAGCGACCGCUCAAACUACUCCUCAUGCUCGCACAAAUGACGAAGUAAACGACCGUCAAGACAUUCCCGGAACACGAGUCAAUGAUAUCAACAAGGAAUUUAGCACGAGACAGAAGGCUACACACUAUCAUACACCAAUGCGUAGCAGAGCAAGGAAGCGCCUUUUAGAUGCAAGGGAUGGGACUGAAAGACUAGCAAAGCGUACACUGGCUGUUGCGCUGGUUAUACCAACAGAUUUGACUCUCAGCGUAUCGAAAGGGUUUCACAAUCUGCCGAAGUUGUAUCACGACACCACAGUGCAAAACAUUCCCACUGUCAGGGGGUUCAAAACUGGACUUUGGGCUGCCGAGAAAGAAUUUGUCGGGGGAUUUUACGAUGGUUUCACAGGGCUCAUUACUCAACCAGCUCAUGGUUUCCAAGAGACAGGUGGCAAAGGCCUGGCAAAAGGUGUUGGAAAAGGCAUAGGAGGAGUGUUUUUCAAACCCGCUGCAGGUAUUUGUGGGUUGGUGGGAUUUCCUUUGGACGGAAUCCAUAAGAAUCUUCGCAAAUCGCUGGCUGCAAGCAAAUCCAAGGAGAUUCUACGAUCACGAAUUACGCAAGGGAUCCAGGAAAUGUGUGCUGCAUCGCCGGAAGAGCAGACAGCAGUGAUUCGUAAAUGGCAUGCGCUGCAUGAGAACGGGGCUUGA